UCAACAAGUUUGUCACACCACUCGAUCUAUGGCACUAAGUCAACGACCUAGAACCACCACACAAUCUAAUGUAGAGAGAGAACACCCUCAAGGCUCCACACACCCUACUGUACAGGGUGAACAAGUCAAUGUGACGACCCAUUUUGAUACCGAAGAUGAUAAUCAAUCUUCCCAAGUUCCAUAUGGACAAACAUCUUCCUUUAAGCCACGUGGAGUUACUCGCGGCUUGACAACUACAACUAUAGCUAAGGCAUCAUCAACUGGAAAGUUGUCACUGACUUUUAAUGCGGAGUGUCGUCAACCAAUUUGUACUAAUGCUGAGAAAUUUAAUAAUGAGAUUGGAUUCAAUAUUCGGAAUCAUGGUACAUUUCAUUAUAAAGAGUGGAGAAUGGUCCCUGAAGAUGUGAGAGCUCCAUUGCGACACUAUCUUUUGGUAAGUCAUUUCACAAUAUUACAUUUAUAUUUGUAAUAUUUAUAAUUAAUAUUGUUUUAUGUUAUAGGAACAUUUUGACAUCAACUUGAAUGAUGAGACAACUAAAAAAUGCAUUGAUGAGAAAAUGAGAAAAGCUUGGAAGGGUCAUAAGUACAAGCUGCACUUAUAUUUCAAAUAAAUUGGAGGAGAAAAUGAUCUUGAGAUGGCCAAGAGCAAACGUCAUCCAGACUUAAAAGAAGAACAUCAAGAAGAUUGGAUGAUUUUGUGUGAUCGUUGGUGUUCUUCUGAAUUUAAGGAAAGAGCAUUAAAGAAUACUACCAAUCGAUCAAAGAGGAAAUGGGAGUCAAAAAAUGGUUCAGUCUCCACACCACGACAUCACAUUCGACGUGGAAUGGUGUUAACUUCUCCUACCGGUCAAAUUGAGACAUGGCGUCUAAAGCAUUAUGAUGCUGAGAAAGGAUGGACUGGAAUAGAGCUCGAGCCAUUAUAUGAUAAAAUGAUGGAGUUAAGGGGUCAACAUCCUCUAGAAGAACUGUCUGAUAAAGAGAUUAUGGAGCGUGUACUUGAACGUGAUUCGGUAUACUUGCGAGGGUGGGGGCGGUCACCUAGUGUCACAACUUCUACUUCACAUCGUGAAAAUAUUGUGGGUAACCAACCAACUUAUGAAGAGUUAGUUGAACGACUUAAUGAUACAACUUCCCGCCUUAAUGCUACUAACGAACAACUUAGUGUGGUUGUGGAUAUACUUCGUCAUAACAAUUUGAUGGCACCGCCUCCACCACCUCCAACAGACCAAGCUACAAAUGCAAAUUUAAGAGAGUCGCCAUCUUUUUCAGUUCGGGAGUCACAAGAUGAUUCUUAGUUUAUUUACAUUAAUUUACUAAGGAAUGAACUUUAUGAAGUUUUUUUUAUUUUGGUAGGGGUAACCUUAAAAUGAUAACUUUAUGACUUAUUUUAGUAUUGAACAUUAUAAAGAAUUUUAGCAUUAAACA